AUGCUGACCAUCAAGAGGGUUCCUACCGUGGUCUCCAACUUUCAGGAGACUGCCGAAAGCCUCGGCUGCGGCCGCAACUGCCUCGGCAAGUGCUGCCUUCCUGGUAAUUAUUCUGCUCCUUCGUUCGACCUUCUAUGUUCCUCUUCGUAUGUCUUCGCAUGCAUGCCCUGGUAUUUCUUCGUUGUUUACCUGGUUAGGGCGUAUGAUUCUCUUGAAACAUUCCGCGGUGUCUAAUCGCCUGCCUGGUGGAUUUAAUCGCAGUGUCAAAGCUCCCGCUAUACUCCUUCAAAAACGAGGCCAAAGAUGAGGAUCCCAAGGGGAAGAACCCCUUGUCUGUUCCCGACGAGGAUCCGACGAUCGACUUCCUCAACACCCUAGUGCUCGGCCAGGUACCUACUCCGCCUCCCUUGCUCCCUCCCCACUUGAAUCUUAAUUUCUUCGUUAUCUUAACAAGUUUCUUCUUUGUUGGUGGCGCCAGUGGGAAGAUCGAUUGAGUAGGGGGCUGUUCCGCUACGACGUCACGGCCUGCGAGUCGAAGGUGAUCGAGGGGGAGCACGGCUUCAUCGCGCAGCUGAACGAGGGCCGCCACCUCAAGAAGCGCCCUACGGAGUUCCGCGUCGACCAAGUCCUCCAGCCCUUCGACCCCAGAAAGUUCAACUUCACCAAGGUCGGCCAGGAAGAGGUGCUCUUCAGGUUUGAGGAGAGCGCCGACGAGAAAGCUCACUACUUCGACAAGGCCCCUGUCGGCACGACCAGCCCCCCCAACGUCGUCGCCAUCAACGUGAGCAACCAGAUCCCUCUCUCCUCCUCGUAAUCGACUGGAUGACGAUCUUCAAGGUUUUCUUUCUUCUUUCUUCUUCCCCUAACUCACCCGCUUCGUCAUACGUUCAGGUUAGCCCCAUCGAGUACGGGCAUGUGCUCUUGAUUCCCCGCGUCCUGGAAUGCUUGCCCCAGAAGAUUGACAGCGAAAGCUUCUUCCUCGCCGUGAAGAUGGCGGCGGAAGCAGGAAGCCCUUACUUCAGGCUCGGUUACAACAGCCUGGGCGCCUUCGCCACCAUCAAUCACCUCCACUUUCAGGUACUCACCCUUUACCUCCCUCUCAGUGCUCGCCUCCCAUUACUUGUUUCUUCGUGGUGACGGACGAUGGAAUGGAUGCUUUUCUAAUUUAUCAGGCUUAUUACUUAUCGGUGCCGUUCCCCGUGGAGAAAGCUCCGACGAAGAAGAUUGCCCGCACAAAGGGGGGGCCGACGAAGGGCGGAGUGCAGGUCUCGAGCCUGAUGAGUUACCCUGUAAGGGGCCUGGUUUUCGAGGGUGGAAGCGACCUGCAGGCACUCUCUGACCUGGUUUCCAACGUCUGCGUCUUCCUCCAAGAGAACAACACUCCCUUCAACGUGCUCAUCUCUGACUCGGGCAAAAGGAUCUUCGUCUUCCCUCAGGUAAACCCCCUCCCCAAUCCUCCGUUACUCUUCCAACGAGAAUCAAAUUUAUCUGUCAACGGCCCUCGGAGGGGAACCACCGAUCCCGUGAAUCCCAGCUUUGGUCAUCCUCUAAAUGCUGCUCAUUUGAUACAAACACGCAGUGUUACGCCGAGAAGCAGGCCCUCGGGGAGGUCAGCCAGGAACUCCUCGAGACGCAGGUCAACCCGGCGGCGUGGGAGAUUAGCGGGCACAUGGUCCUGAAACGGAGGAAGGACUACGACGACGCGUCCGAAGACUACGCCUGGAGGCUCCUGGCGGAAGUCUCUCUCUCCGAGGAGAGGUUUAAGGAGGUUCAAGAGUACAUCUUUGAAGCCACGGGACUGGUAGAAGAAUCCGACGAGGAGGACGAGUUGACGCAGGCGGAGACCCCCUUCCUGCCGGCGACAGUCCCCCCCGCAGCUCCACAUUUCCCGGAGGGUUGCCUCGUCUCGCAGUAA